AUGGGUGCUGAAGCAGCAGCACAAUAUGCAGCAUUAGCAGCAGGACAGCAACAAGAGUAUGCUGCAAUAAAUCCAUAUGAACAGGCAGGUAUAUUUAACCAAUAUCACGUGCCAAUGCAAGAAAAUUACUUCGAUGAAGAGACGGCAUAUCAUAUGGGUGGAGGUCUUCGACGUUCGUCUCCAUUAAAUUUUAUUGGUUCUGCAUUUGGCUUAGGACGAUCCGGAUCUCGUGAACGUUUUGCUCGAGCUGGUUCACCUGCAUAUUUUCAUCAAUAUCGAUCUGGUAGUCCAGCUCAUUAUCGUCGACGAUCGCGUUCACGUGAUUUGAUACAAUCACAAUCCUCAUCACCUGUUUCAUUUAUUCCACCGGUAUCUUCAAGUCCUGCUGACAUUGCACGUCGUCUUCAACGUGCUCAACUAUCACAAGAUUUACAACAAAUGGAAAAAUACCGAAGAUAUCAAGAAGAAAUGAUGCUGGGUAAUGCAGCUCAAUUUACUCCUCAAUAUCAUCAAUUCCAAAUGCCGUACUAUUCGAUGAAUCCGACAUUACAACAACCACUAAUGUAUUCAUUCUACUAUUGA